GCUGCCCUGGAACUCACUCUGUAGACCAGGAUGGCCUCAUCGAGAUCCACCUGGCUCUGCCUCCUGAGUGCUUAGAUUAAAGAUGUGCGCCACCACCACCACUGCUGGCCCGGCUCAGAAUUUAAGUAGUUAGUUUCCUGCUAGGUACAACUUCAGUUUUCCUCUGCAGGUGGUUGAAGGAAAUCCUUUGCAAAAAUGUAUUCUUGUAGGGAGGUUUUGUCCUCUUUUGUUUCAAAGUGUUACUCUUGCUCAGGAUGGUCUGGAACUCAUAGCAAUCCUCCCUCCUCAGCCUUUAAGUGCUGGAAUUACAGGCAUGAGCCACCAUGCUUGGCUUAACAUUAGCAUUUUGAACAAAAGAUAGAGAAUACAAUACACAAAACAAUUUGAAUGCUCAAUUCCAGUGGCUCUCUCAGUAAGUGGCUGUUGUGUGACUUCCAGAAGUUUCCUAGCACAUGAUUGGCAGGUGUGGACUGUGGUUGUGCUACUCUGUAUUGCCUGGGGUGCUAGCGCUUGGGUCCUCCGACACAUUUUUUAAAAAAUUUGAUUCGCUUUCGGAGAGGAGGUCUCAUGUAGCCCAGGCUGGCAUCUAGUUUGACAGCAGAGGAUAACUUUGAGCAUUGGGUCCUCUGCACCUGGCAGAUACCGGAUUAGAAGUGUGAGCUACCAUGCCGGAAUUCUCAGAUACCUUGUCCAGUCAUAGCAGUAACAAGUUGUGCACAGGACAAUGGAACUGUGUGCAAACCCAGAAAGUCUCGUCCUGAGGUGUCAGGGGUGAUAACCCUAGCAAUGCCUUACUGGGGACAGUUUAAAGAGUACUUCCUGCAAGGCAUUGUGGCAUAUGCCAUUAAUCCCAGCACUCAAGAGGCGGGUAGGUCUUUGGAGGACAACCUGGUUCUACAUACUUCCCAUGUGUGAUCAUUCACACACACUAACACUGCCACCAAUAAAGCCGUUCACUCUGUUCCUAUCCUGAAAACCACAGAAGCCACCGCCUAGGAUGUGGCUAGCUGCCAUCCAGGCUGCUAUCCCAAAAGAAUAGAAUAGGUCCAACUUUUACUCCUACCACGAACUCACCCUAAUUGUUAGGGUGGCCAGAGGACGAGCCAGUGGCUCGUGACUGAGAGCCCCUCCGUGGGAGUUCAGCAAGGCUCCUCCCGGAAGCUUGGGGACCUCACUGCCCACAUGCCCCGCCUUUUCCUCCUCUUGCUCCCCACCCCCCAUGUGGGCGUAGUCAGGCCAGCUCCAGGUCCGCAGAGCAGUGGGGAUGGCCCCUUAGCUGGAACCCACGGAUCCGAUGAUGGGCUGCUCCUGCCCGCUGCUGCUGUGGCUGGGAGCUGCCGGAACUAUUCUUUGCUCCAACUCAGAGUUCCAGGCACCUUUGCUAACAUCCUCGCCCUUGCCGGUGCUAGUCUCCAAUUCCCAGGAGCAGAAAGUCACCCCCACGCCCAGUAGAUUGGAGCCAUCUUCCCUCCCAAAUCCUCUAGGCGCACGGGGGCCUUGGGUGUUCAGCACCUGUGGCGCCAGCGGCCGGCGGGGGCCCACACAGACACAGUGCGACGGGGCAUACACAGGAAGCAGCGUGGCGGUGACGGUGGGAGCUGCUGGGCCGCUGCAAGGCGUGCAGCUGUGGCGGGCGCCAGACACCGGCCAGUAUCUGAUCUCCGCCUACGGAGCCGCGGGCGGCAAAGGCGCCAGAAACCACCUGUCCCGGGCGCACGGCAUCUUCCUCUCGGCGGUCUUCUUCCUCAGUCGAGGGGAGCCGUUGUACAUCCUUGUGGGGCAGCAGGGCGAGGACGCCUGUCCCGGAGGCAGCCCUGAGAGCCAGCUCGUCUGUCUGGGAGAGUCUUGGGCCACCGGAGAGCAUGCGGCAACGGAUGGGACCGGAAGGGUCCCAGGCUGGAGACGCUGGGCCGGCGGGGGCGGGGGUGGCGGGGGUGCCACCUACAUCUUCCGGCUGCGCGCGGGGGAGCCAGAGCCGCUGCUGGUGGCGGCGGGAGGCGGCGGAAGGGGCUACUGGAGGCGACCCGACCGAGGCCGGACUCAGGCGGCCCCCGAGAAACUGGAGAACCGCGCGGCGGCGCCUGGAAGCAGCGGGAGAGGAGGCGCGGCCGGUGGUGAUACUUCAGAGUCCGACAUCCUCUGGGCUGACGGGGAAGAUGGCAUAUCCUUUGUACACCCCAGCAGCGAGCUCUACCUGCAGCCUCUGGCAGUCACAGAGGGCCACGGGGAGGUGGAGAUCCGAAAGCAUGUCAACUGCAGUCACUGCUCUUUCAAAGACUGCCAGUGGCGGCCAGAGCUCCAGAUGGCUGAAUGCAUCUGCCCAGAGGGCAUGGAGCUGGCUGUGGAUAACGUCACUUGCAUGGACCUGCCAACCACGGCAAGCCCUCUGAUGCUGAUGGGAGCCAUAGUGGCAGCCUUGACACUGAGCCUCCUUAUGACGUGUGGAGUCCUAAUUCUAGUGAACCAGAAGAAGUGGCAGAACCUGUGGGGGACCAGGCUGCCAGGCCCUGAGCUUGAGCUGAGCAAGCUUCGAACCUCUGCCAUCAGGACAGCCCCUAAUCCCUAUUACUGCCAGGUGGGGUUCAGCCCUGCUCAGUCCUGGCCUCUGCCCCCGGGGCUCACUGAGGUUUCCCCGGCCAACGUCACUCUACUCAGAGCCCUUGGCCAUGGUGCCUUUGGGGAGGUGUAUGAGGGACUAGUAGUUGGUCUUCCUGGGGACUCCAGCCCUCUGCAGGUGGCUAUCAAGACGCUGCCAGAGCUCUGCUCCCAUCAGGACGAGUUGGACUUUCUCAUGGAGGCUCUCAUCAUCAGCAAGUUCAGCCAUCAGAACAUCGUUCGCUGUGUGGGCCUCAGCUUCCAGGCUGCCCCUCGCCUUAUUCUGCUGGAGCUGAUGUCUGGUGGGGAUAUGAAGAGUUUUCUGAGACAGAGCAGACCACACCCGGGCCAGCCAUCACUUCUGGCCAUGCAGGACUUGUUGCAGCUGGCCCAGGAUAUCGCCCAGGGCUGCCACUACCUGGAGGAAAACCACUUCAUCCACAGAGACAUCGCCGCCCGUAACUGUCUGCUGAGCUGCGCUGGCCCCGGCCGAGUGGCUAAGAUUGGAGACUUUGGAAUGGCAAGAGACAUCUACCGGGCCAGUUAUUACCGUAAGGGGGGCCGGGCCUUGCUCCCCGUCAAGUGGAUGCCCCCAGAAGCUCUCCUGGAGGGCAUUUUCACAUCCAAGACAGACUCCUGGUCUUUCGGGGUGCUGCUCUGGGAGAUCUUCUCACUGGGUUAUAUGCCCUACCCUGGCCAUACCAACCAGGAGGUCCUAGACUUCAUUGUCACAGGGAGCCGGAUGGACCCUCCUAGGAACUGCCCUGGGCCAGUGUACAGGAUCAUGACCCAGUGUUGGCAGCAUCAACCUGAGCUCCGCCCUGACUUUGCCAGCAUCUUGGAGCGCCUUCAAUACUGCACUCAGGAUCCUGAUGUGCUGAAUUCACCCCUGCCAGUGGAACCAGGGCCCAUUCUAGAGGAGGAACGGGCUUCUGUGCUGGGGAACAGGUCCUUGGAGGGUCUUAGAUCCCCACAGGCCCUGGAGCUGAGUUCAGAGAACUUGAAAAGCUGGGAAGGAGGCCUUCUUGCCUCUUGGCUGCCCUCUGGCCUCAAGGCCCUCAAAUCCAGAUGCUUCCGACCUCAGAGCACUUGGAACCCCACCUAUGGCUCUUGGACCCCAAGGGACCCCAAGGAUGGAGACUCAGGCACUGACUUCAGCAAUGGCUUCUCCUUGCAUUCCUUCCCAGGCAUCUAGAUGGGUUGUUAGUCCAGUAGCCUCUGCCCUGCAGUCUAUGACCAGGCGGUCAGAUAUGUGUCAGGGCUGUCCUGGAAGCCUGGCCUCUCCACACUGGAAACCAGUCCAAACCCUCUUGGGGAAGGACCUGGCCACUCUCUGUCUUUGGAGCCAGAGAUCACACACCCACCCACUGCAGGACUCGGUUGGGAAUCCCAGAUUGUCCUCUCCCAUAAGCAUCUUUCAUCUGGCCCAUCCCCAGUGCCACAGAUGUUUCUAAUAAUAAUUAAAAACAAAACC